ACAAACACGCCGCCUACUAGUUACACAAUUCAACGAUUCAACUAAAUUUAGUGAAAAUAAUUCCAAAGGAACCGUACCAGCAGCAGUAAUUAAAAUGUCGAAAUAUAAGGAACUGGCACAGCUAACGACAACGUACGCCCGGCGGAUGAACUACCUUUCGAACCGGAUAUUCGGUGAGGUUGCCCGUCCAACAAACUCGCAAUCGAUGAAAGUGGUUAAGAUGUUCAGUGAAGAACCGGUGCACAAGCGGGACUACGUCGUGAAUUGGUACCCCCGGCAUGUGGAAACUCAUCUGCUGGCAAUGAAACUACGCGAGUACGGUCUGUUCCGGGAUGAGCAUCAGGAUUUCAAGGAGGAAAUGAAACGGUUACGUGCUCUCCGUGGAAAGGCGCCACCGAAGAAGGGUGAAGGCAAACGAUCCAAGAAAUAGGAAACCGGAGCCCGAACGAGCAAGCCCUGUUGUAGGUAAUAAAAGUUGUUGGAAAACGUGCAUUGUACUCUUCCGUCCUUUUUAUUAGUUUAUAUCCGGUGUGUGUGUUCCACACGUAACACUG